AUGUCACAAUAGGAUGAAAGAUCAGAGGAGAUUGAAGACUUCAAAAAACCAAGUUAGUUCCAAAGUGAAGAAUAAAGAAAUCUUCAAGAGAUCACAGAAUAGUUCAACCAUGUAAACAUUCAAAGUGCGCCAUCAGGAGUUCAGAGUCCCUAAUUGGCUUCUGAAUUGCACUCUCAUCGUCAAGAUUAGUCUAAUAAUUCCCCUCAAUCCAAUUUCAUUAAAAUUGACAAGAGGUUCUUACUUCCAGAACAAGCCAAUUAUAUCACAUAUCUCUCUGAUAACACCAAGAUGUUAAAGGAAAAAUAUGUGGAACACUGCAUGGAUAGCUUAUAAUCCAUCUAGGACUUUGUGUUGAGUCAAGGACUGAGCAGAAAAAAAUAAUAGAGUUAUUGCCAAAAGAAUGAUCAGAGCUCCUAAUUGAACAACCAACCUCCACAUAUCAUGGAUUUAAGUUUACAAAACUCUGGACAAUUUUAAAAAAUCAAUCUGGGGGAAACCAGCCAAAAGAAAUAGUCAACCAAUAGCAAAUCUAAUAUUAAAAAACUCAAAGAAGACCCUUAAUUCUAGGAGAAGUUGUUCUUUGUUUUUUAAAUCUUAGACCAUUUAAAAAAGUUUGAAAUACAAUCAUCCUCUAAGAAGAUCUCCAUCUUAGAGGAUUCGUUGAUAGUCUGUUUCGUGUUUUUAUAAUUAUCAAAUGAAAGUAAAUCCUUGCAAGAAUAAUACGACUACAUACAGAAACACUAUAAUUAUUAGAGAUCCUUCUAAGCUUUUUCAACAAGAAUCAAAGUUUAACGUAAUCUAUAUUAAUAAUGGACUUUAGAGAAGUUAGAGUAACUCUUAAAAGUUCUAUAAAGAUACCCAAAAAAAGACCUUGAAGAUCUUACCUUAAUAUACCAUCACAAUAUCAAAAUUCCAACCACACACUGA